AUUUUUUUUAAUCAUGGAAUUAGUUAAGGCUAAAUUAAUUCUAAUUAAUUUGACUUCAGAGGAUGAAGAUGAAGACGAAGAUGAAGAAGAAGAAACUCCAAAGGCAAGAUUAGCAAUUUUUUCUUUUUGCUUUUGUGUUCCCCCCUUCUUUGGGGAUGUUUGGUUUUCAAACUGACCACUUGUCAUUUUGAUAUUAAUUUAUUCAUAUAUGUGGUUAGAUUAAUUUUGCAAGUAUGAUUGUCCCUGAACUUCUAGCAAGUGACAAUUAUAAGAGAUGGAACAUCUGUAUGAAAAGCUAUUUAGUUUCUCAAGAUCUUUGGGAUGCUGUUCUACACAGUUGGACGCCAGUUGGAGUUGAUACAAAGGAGUGGAUUAAAAAGGAUGCUGCUGCUCUGCAUGCAAUUCAGAUUUCAUGUGAACCAAACAAAUUUGAUGUAAUUGAGGAGAUCACUUCCGCCAAAACUGCUUGGGAUACCUUGAAGCAAAAACAUAUAGAAAAGCAUCCAGAAGAUGGUCCUCCCCCUUCUUUGAUUGAUUUCUUGAAAGAGCAAGGCUACCAAACUAUGGAAAAGCCUCAGUCCCUAAUUGUGCAGAAUGCAAUUGACAAAGGGGAUGUUGAUGCUGUAAUGGACUUUUUUAAGAGAAAUCCACCGGCAGAAAAUUUGCGAUUUUGGACGGGUUACCCUAGUCUUCAUUACGCAGCUAUAGUUGGCAAGUUAAACAUUGUCAAGGCAUUGCUUGAGUGUACCCCUGCAGUGGAAAAGGAUCCAUGGGAUAAUACAGCUCUAGCAUAUGCUGCUGAGUUUGGAAACACCGAUAUUGCAAAAUAUUUAGUUAGUAAGGAUUCUUCUUUGGUUUCUAUGGUAAAUAGAGAUGGAGCUACCCCGGUAGUACAGGCAUGCGGACAAGGGCACAAGGAGGUGACAAACUUUCUCUAUUCUGAAACCCCAUUCGAAAUGCUAUUAUGCAAAAACGGAAAACAAGGAUCCGAAUUACUUCAAUCUUUUGGGUGGAUUCGCCCGAACGCCAACAGCAUUCAGCAGUGGAAGUGGGCUAACAUUUUGGCAACGAUGGAUCUAUGAGUGUGAGUAUCGUUUAUUCUUUCGUUUUAAUCCUUCCAUCGGUCGAUCCCAACUUGUCUCUUUUAUUUUUUUUUUUCAUAAAUUUGAUUGUUUUGUUGGUAGUCCCAUAAAAUAAGCAGAAAUGUUUUUU